CCCUCUCCUGAGCUUCCUGCUGGAAAUAGGGGUGGAUCUUUGGGAAUACCUGACUGCCACCGUGGUUCUGUCUCCUGGCUGGAGAGGAACUGCCUUGUGUGGGGCCAAGCAGUCUCAGGGGACACAGGGGGACCCAAGGGACUGCAGUGUGGUUGCUGGGGACUAGCUCUGGGGCCAUCUGUGAUGGUUUCCUCAUGUGCCAAACACGCGAGCGGGUGCUGAGGGAUGGGCAGGAGGACACAGCCACCCCAUUACUCCUGUUUCAUUUCUUCCCUUGGAAAGCAAUCCUGUGCCUGCAGAGUUUCACUUGUUCCCUUCCCAAGGUGUCUACAGAGCAACCAGCAGAGUUAGACGGCGAAAAUGAAGAGGAGAGAAGCCUCAGAAGACCUGGAGCUCCCUGAAAAUGAGAAGGAAAGAAGGGCUAGAGUGCAGAUCAGGCAGCUGCAGACCCAUUUUCAUCAUGAAUCGUACAAGAGGAAAUUCUUUGAUGCCGAUAUCUGGCGGCAAAUGCAGGCUCAGGAAAAAACAAUAGAUGAUCUGAAGCAAGAACAUAGACAUGUGACAUUAAUGCUGAGCCAGAUCUAUUCACCAAGCAGUGUGAUACUGGAAAACAGAAAUCGUAUGAAGGUCCAAAGCCUUUUGCAGACCAGAAUGCAGAAUGAUGCCCUGAUCAAAGAAAGAAAAGCCCAGUUAGCUGACCUGGCCAAGCAGGUUGUAGAGCUGGAAAAAAAGAUAGUGAAGCAAAGAGACACAACCUGGAGGAUGCUGGAAGCAAAGAGCCACAAACACCUGCAGAAGAAGAUCGAGUUGCUGGAGAUACGUCUGAGUCAUGCCACUGUCCGUUACAACAACAUCAUGACCCGAAACAACAGGCUCCGAGAAGAGACUGCCAGCCUGCAGAUCCAGAAAGCCAUUUAUGACAACAGCUACUGGAAGCUGGAAAAAAGUCUGGUUCAGCAGAACAAAUUGCUGAACGCUGCUAUCGAGCAAGCCACAGAAGACUACGAGCAGUGGAUGGAGGAUCUGGGGCGGAUCUCGGACAUUCGGGACGUGCGCUGCAGAGAAACCAUCCAGUACAACAUCAGGCUGCUGGAGAGGAAGUGUGCCCUUCACCAGGAGACCAGGCUGAAAAACUUCUUCCUCAGCAAAUGUGCAGAUCUCUCUGUAUUGAAGGAGCAGGCCAAAGAGAGAGAAGCCUUUGAGGCAGCUGAGAGGGCCAAAAGGAGCCAAAAGGAGAGCUAUGAGGUGGCCUACAAGCGUCUGCUGGAGCUGUCGGACGGCGACAUUGAUGAUUUCUUGGAGGACUUCAUUGAAAAGGACAGGAGAUUCUUCAUCCUCUUUAGCUAUGCCAUUAGGCUGAACGUCAGGAACGAGGGUCUCAGGCAGAGGAUCCAGGAGAUCCAGGAUGAUAUGACGGCCAUCACAACGGAGCGGGAACAGGCAGAGACAGCCCGGACCCACGUCCUGCAGGAGCUGGAGGCAAAAAUAACAGAGGUCACCGAGGAAGCCAACAAGUAUGAGAACAAAAGCAAGGAGAGCAACAAACUCCUGGGACAGAUCCAAUCUCGCAUGGAGACCCUCUUGAAGGACAUGGACUGUGACACUACCACGAUAGUGAAGCCUCUUGGGGAGAGCUUGGUGCCAGUUUUUGGUCCCGUGGAGAACAAGAUCAAGGAAUUCCUGCUGAGGGAGUCCUUGCUGCGCUACACGUCCAUCGAUCGUGCCCAGCGCUCCCAGGCCUUCAUCAGCCCCCUCCAGGGAGCCUCCAACCUCCUCUGGACCAUGGACCGGGCCAAGCUCUGCCCACCCCCCCCAGACCUGGAGACCACUGACCCCAAAACCGCAGAAGAGCCGCUGGGCCGGGCUCAGCUGCGUCAGCUCGUUAUCCGGAGGCAGGAGGAGGAGCUGGCCAGGCCCUCCAGCUCGGGCAAGAGAAGAAGGAGAUUUACAUCACAGAGUGCAUCAGGGGCCAAGAGCCCAUCAGGGGCCAAGAGCCCAUCAGGGACCAGGAGCCCAUCAGGGACCAGGAGCCCACCAGGGAAUUAAAGAAGCAGUUUCAUUCUUGA